CGCAAGUGUUAAGUCAGAUGCAGAAUGGCCAGAGACCGCGUUAUGCCCAAGACUCGCUUAAUCAGGCGCUGGAGUACAGUGCGAUCCUUCCCGUACGGGAGUCUUACAGCAACGCCACUGAUACUAAGAAAUGUUAAAGUGAAUAUUAGCCGGCGGAGGAAUCCUCCUAUCGGUAUGCACAUGUGCCGCAUCAUUGGUCAUUGUUUCGACUAGUCAAGUGGAAAGUCAAAGCGCUGGGAUGGUCAGCUACGUGAAAGUUCCCAGAUGGCUUUCACUCUCCUAGUGUACCUAUGAAGAAUGUCUGCAAAGCUACAUGACUUCUUUGAAAAAUUCAGGCGCGGUGCAUACGCUCCUUUGAACACCAAUGUUGGUCCUGACGAAGCGGGCGGGUUUGCAUACCGGGCCAAUAGUGCAAUGGAAGAGAUGCACAAUGUAGCCAGAGGCAGCUUGAGAACGUUCCUUAAGCCAGCCCUCCAGAUCUUUGUGGUUAUUGCACUCAUGGUCGGAUCCUACAUCUUCGGCAGCUAUUCUUCGGGUCAACAAAGCACUUCUACUGGCUUUGUUCCGACAAUUCCACUCAAAGUCGAUCCAGGCGUCUUCAGUGACGACCAUAGCUGGAUCGGGCCCGGCAAAGAGUCAGACAUCCUCUGGGCCAAAGAAUACCAGGUCAUGUCUGACAAUAAGUUCAUCAAGAUCGACAAGCCUGAGAACUAUGGUAUACCACCAGGACAACAAGAUUCGCAUGGUGUCAACUUCUACUCCAUCAGCGUAUAUCACCAACUCCACUGUCUGUCUCUGUUCAGAGCACUUGUCUACGACGAGUCCCUGUCGCACAAUGACGGCGAUCAUAGAAGAGCAUUGAGCCAGAACAGAACAUGGGCAGAUUGGUAUCAUCUGGGUCACUGUUUCAAUUAUCUGAGACAGGCAAUACGGUGUACGGUGGAUACUACUUUGGAGUUUCCGCCCGGUAAUCACACCGCAAAGGAACACAUGGCCACGAGAACAGGCAAUAGACAGUGCAGAGAUAUCAGUGUUUUGGAUGAGUUUGUUGAGCAGAAUAGAUGGAUUGGACCCUGACACACGUUCAAAUCCGGGCAUGCCAAACAAUAGUCUAUAGGAUCUACGGCCAAUGCGUGACAAUACACAUUAAGGGAGUUAAAAUCGGAAUGUGAUCAAAAUCGCGGAUAUCGUUAGUCUUGGUACGCAUAAUCCUGC